UUGCAAGAAAAACCUACAUCGCAACCCGCGCCUCAGCCCGCGCCACAACCCGCGCCACAACCCGCGCCGCAGCCCGCGCCGCAACCCACGUCGUACUUCGCGCCGCAACCAGCACUGCAGAUCGCACCACCCGUACUUCAACAGUGUGCGCCGCAAUACGCUCCGCAACAUACCGCGCCGCAGAAACGGCCAAAUCAUAUAAAAGACGGGCCGGCCGCUAGGGUCAGCAGUCGCUCUCCAGCCACCGAAAAGGCACCAGCAAGAAAAGAAAAAGUACAAGUUCCUCCUCACCGCCGCUUGCCUCCAGUUAAAAGCAAGACCAGCGCGUUUUAUUCCAUUUUUCGCACGGCAUUACGGCGAUCCGUAAUAAAUACAAGUGGUAAUAUUUAA